AACCUCUGAACAACCAUUCUCUCUAUACCAGGAUUAUCUAGGUAUAUUACCUACCUGUAACUGAUAUACCCUUCAUACCCAGCUAAUCAUACCUACUCCACCAGCCGGCAUCAAAGCGGCACAGUUCUCAGCGAGCACCCAUAAACCCAAGAACCGUUAGCUAGAUCAAUCAGCGUAAUAAAUUUGACCACUCCGUUCACAAUGGCGCCGCAACCGCAACCGCAGCCUCCCAAAGGCCCCAUCACAACCCCCCUCACCACCCUCCUCGGGAUCCAGCACCCCAUCAUCCUCGCAGGCAUGGCCCGCGUAUCCGGCGGCGCCCUCGCGGCCGCGGUCUCCAACGCCGGCGGGCUAGGCGUCAUCGGCGGCUUCCAGUACACGCCCGCGCAGCUCCGGACCAUCAUCGCGGAGCUCAAGGCCGCCCUGCGCGCGCCGCACCUGCCCUUCGGCGUCGACCUCGCGCUCCCGCAGGUCGGCGGGUCCGCCCGCAAGACCAACCACGACUACACCGGCGGCAAGCUCGACGAGCUGAUCGACAUCACCAUCGAAAGCGGCGCGCGGCUGUUCGUCAGCGCCGUGGGCGUGCCCCCCAAACACGUCGUCGACAGGCUGCACGCCGCGGGCAUCCUCGUCAUGAAUAUGGUCGGCCACCCCAAGCACGCCGUCAAGGCGCUCGACCUCGGCGUCGACUUGGUGUGUCCGCAGGGCGGCGAGGGCGGCGGGCACACGGGGGACAUCGCGAGCUCGGUGCUCGUGCCGGCGGUGGCGGACGUCGCGGCGCGGUACCGGCCGACGCUGCUCGGGGGCGGGCCGGCGCUGGUGGUGGCGGCGGGGGGGAUCCGGGACGGGCGGUCGCUGGCGUCGAGCCUGAUGCUGGGGGCGGCGGGGGUGUGGGUGGGGACGCGGUUCGUGGCGAGCGCGGAGGCGGCGAGCAGCGAGGCGCACAAGGCGAGCGUGGUGUCGUGCGGGUUCGAGGACACGCAGCGGACGCUGGUGCUCACGGGGCGGCCGCUGCGGAUGCGGACGAACGCGUACGUCGCGCGGUGGCACGCGGAUCCGGGCCGGAUCCGGGAGCUGUGCGAUCGCGGCGUCGUGCCCAUCGAGCACGACUUCGAGAACGACGUCGAGGACAUCGACCCCCCGCACAUCAUGGGCCAGGUCGCGGGCGCCGUGACGGAGGUCCUGCCCGCGGCGGACAUCGUGCGCGACAUGGUGGACGGCGCCGUGCGCAUGCUGAGGCGGGGGAGCGGGUAUGUCGAUGCGAAUUACGCUGUUACUACCGGUGGUGAGAAGAGUAAGCUGUGAGGAAGGGCUUGGACCCCUGGGUUGGGCGGAUGGGGUUGAAUUAGGUUAUGCAUUGGGAUAAUCACGGAUCUGUCGAGCAGGUACUUGCUUACUUACCUACCUGGGUGGGUUCCUUAGGUACUUACUCAACCGUAUGACAGGGAAAAGGAGACCGGUAACAUGGGAUAAAACCGAAAUUGUUUCCAAAAAGUACACUCGCGUCUAUACCGGUACGUGCGCCUUCUUCGCGGUACCGAGGAGGGAGGCGUUUGAUUUUUACCUUACUACGACGGACAUGACA